AACAAAAUCAAUUUAACUGAUUUGAUUAUAUUAGUGUUGAUUAUUUUGUUUUAAAUAAUUACUGAUUACCUAGUCCUGUCCGACGUCGUUUUGGUCAUCUAAGAAAGAGAAAAUAAACCUGUUCAGUGUCCGUCAAUUUGUUUUGCUGAGCUUAUUACUCCCAGUACACUCUUUCAUUUCUAAAAACCGAAUCGACUCAUUUUGCCCUUUGAAUAAAUAGUCAUUAGUGUUGUUUCAACUUUAUAUGCUUUUUUAAUCCUUUAUUUAUAUUCCACUUGAAAUAUAAUCUCAACAUUCUCCAUAAAAAUUUUGGCUAGAAUUUUAGUAGUACAGUUGCUAACUCAGGAUGAUCAUCUGCCUAUAAAGAUGCAGCUUUUUUGUUACUGAUUUUUGCUAAACCCUAGUAACCCCAAACAGUAGGAAAAUGAGCAGGCUUGUUAAUAAUCUUCAAAUUUCUAGUAAACAUGAAGAAUAUAAAAAAGGACAGCCCGAUACACUGAAGGAACUUUCGCUGUGUAAGGGGUCCGAAAAAGGGGCGAACCAGAAGGGUUUAUUGUGUUAUAGUGAUAAAAGAUGUGGCUUUGAUUCUGAUGCUGAUGAAUGUGUAUCUUUGAACUUGAAGAAACCCAGAGCGAAGAAUUCAAGAAUGGCCCAGGAAGGUAGCAAGUCAAAUGUGCCAAAAUGUAAUCAGUUCACGAGGUGGGGUAGCUGUGCAUUAGGUGAAAAGUGUCGCUACGUUCAUGCUACUGGUGGUGGGGGUAAUGCAUAUGGGCUGCUGCCUUCGCAGGCCAUUGGGGUUGAGCAAGCUGGAAAUCUUGGUAAAAUGUUGGUGUGUCGUUACUUUGCUGGUGGUAAUGGGUGUCCUUUUGGACGUGAAUGCCAGUUUUUUCAUGAAGGAGGUGAACGCAGGGAGAGUGCUGCGAUAACGAUUGUGACUAAUGAUGGUGGGAAUGAAGGGAGAAAAAGGACUCAAUCUGAGGUGAAGGAAUAUAGGGACUCUGCUGAGUUCUUACGUAAGAAGCUGAAGACUAGGCUUUGCUACAGGUGGGAAAGGACUGGUAGAUGUUGUUAUGGUUCAUCAUGUCAAUUUGCUCAUGGGCCUGCAGAACUGCAGGGCGUUGGUCCUUCCAACCCACAGCCAUUGGGAAGCAGUGUUGGCGUUUCUGCUCCAACCAAGAAGGUUACGUCCAAUGAAUUCGUUCGUCCGUACCGGAAGAAGUUCCCAUUCGAUUGGGAUAACGUAUACAAGACCGCCGAGGUCUAUGGUGACUGGAUUGAAUUGCCGCCGCGUCCCAAGUAAUCAUCAGACAUUGUGUAGAACUAAAGGAACUUAUUCACAUCGCUCUUUGGUCAAUUGUUUAAGUGGUUAAUUGGGUGGCUUUUUACAUUAUGCAAAGGAGAUAUUUUGGUAUCUCCGUGGUUUAAAAUGCUGUUUGCUGAGCGUGUACUUGUGAUUUUGUGGAGUUAUUACAUAGUUUUACAAAGCAGAAUAGGUUCAAAUCUGAUGAUGCAAGUAAAAACUAUAGUCAAUACAACUAAGCUUCAGCAUUUAUACUCAUCUUAUGGAAGAAGACUUUUUAUUAAGGUGGGGUGUCUUGUUAUUUAGCCAUGUCCAUGGUGCUCUUUAUUUUUAUCCUUCUAUUAUUUCCAAUUUGUCGAAGUCCUAUUGGUCUUCUUUUAGAUGUGUUCGGAACGAAGGAAAUGCUUUCUUGGGAAAUGUUCU